UCAGGGAUGAUAGGAGGGCAGCCUUACAGCAAUCAAACAAUAGCAAACCGCAACCUAACAGCCAAGACUAGGCAAGGGACAUCAGCCACAAUGGAUGGAAUGGAUGGUUGUCAGCCGAGAUGUCCGUCAAAUGGAAGGGCCCGGAAUUAGCAGAUUCCAAUCGCUUCCCGAGGAUCCCGUUCCUUGGAAAAAGGAUGGAUGGAUGACAGACAGUUCCUUGAACUCAAACCCGUUCAGGGCAGCACCCAAAAGUUUGAGAGCUCGGACAAUACGAACGCAGGUACUUUACCUUUUCCUGACUUUCAUGCAAGGAGAAAUGGGGUUUUCGUUGGCGGACGUAAACCCCGAAGAUGCGAUCCAAUUGUGGGUGAGAGCGAUGAUAAUCAACCCCUGAAACAUCACUCCGGCGGCGGCCUGAGGACACGCCAUCCAAGCUCUUUUCUUCUCAGUUUGUGUCUGUGUGGGUGUGUAGUAGUAUCUUUAGGUUGCGGCUACCCCGUUGGCUGCGACAAACUUGCCGCCCUGUACAGAUGAAACGACCUGUCAUUCUUCCGUUAUGAUCGGAUCACCACUGCCCUCCUUCCCUCCCUCCUUCCCCCUGAGCAAGGCUGUAAG